AUGUACGACACGUCGGCGGUACCGAUUUUCACGGGACAAAACUACUCCGCGUGGAAGUUUAAGUUCCAAGUGCUCAUGAUGGAGCGGGGACUUUGGGGUCUCUUCGAUGGAACGGAGAAAAAGCCGACGGACGACGAGAGCGCCAUCGCGGCAUGGAAGAAGAAGGACCAAAAGGCGUUCGCUACGCUAAUCUCGCGGAUCGGCAUCAACCUCGUGAGCUCGGUGCGCACGUGCAUCAAGCUCGAAGCGUCAGCGCAUGAAGCGUGGAAGCGGCUCGAGACAAUGCACGUGAACAAGACUCUCCACGGCAAGAUCCUAGCCCGGAACGCGUUCUACACGGUGAAGUUGCGCGCGGGCGAAUCGAUGCACGAGUAUGCGACUCGUGUGGAGGAACUCGGGGAAACGUUCAUGGACCUCUGUGGAACGGUCACCAAGGAGGAUUGGAUUCUCACCUUGCUUUGCGGCCUUCCGGAAGAGUGGUCGACGGUGAUUACGACACUCGAUAGCGUGCAAGAGGGCAACGCGCACAUGGCAUCCGGCGAAGCCGAGGAUUCAAAGGAGUCGCUCGUGUUAGUGGCCGGCAACGGGAACGAAACUCCAAGCGACGCGUGGUUCCUCGAUACCGGCGCAACGCAACACAUGACACACUCGGCGUCGCUCCUCAACAACAUUGGCGCUCCGGGAGACGUCACGAGCAUCGUGUUCGGAAACAACGAAUCGCUACCGGUGGUUGGAGUUGGGAGUACGCGCCUCAUCGUCGAUAGCGGACCGGUGGACGUCACGAACGUGCAUCACGUCCCGGGGGUGAAGGUGAACCUUCUAUCCAUCCCACAACUUGCGAAGAAGGGCGUGAUCGCCACGAUCGACGGUGCGAAGAUGAACCUCUUUUGGAAGGGGGAGCAAUUCGCGCAAGGUGUUCUCAACGGAGAUAUCUACCAACUCAAGACGUACCCGAGAGCGGCUUCAUCGAACGUUGCUUCAUCCAAUGUGGCGCAAGGCUCCAAGGCAACUCUCAAGGCGUGGCAUAAUCGACUUGCGCACGCCAACUACGACUCGGUCAAGGAGUUGGUCAACAAAGGACUCGCGAAGGGAGCUUGUGCGGCAAUCUACUUGGGAAUUGCGGCGAACGAGCGUGCGUGGCGAGUGUGGGACUUGGGUGGCAAGCGUGUCGUCACAUCUCGGGACGUGGUCUUCGAUGAAGACAAGUUCCCGUCGAAGGAGAAACCCACUCAACAAGUCACCUUCAUCCUCCCGCCACGAGAGGAGGUUGAAGAAAGUGAGGUUCCACCACAAGUGGAGAAGGAAGCCGAAGAUGGAGGGGGAGAGAACAACGAGGAGAGCGUUGAUGAUGUCGUGGAGGUGUCACCUACCGAGGCGGCAACUACCUCGACACCUUCCUCCUUGCCAUUGGCUUUGACCCGUGGGCGUCGUGAAGUUCGUCCUCCCACCAAGUACAAAGACUACGCUACGGUAGCCGUUGGGGAGACGGAUAACGAAGGCGCGGCAUUUUGCUUCGCGACCAAGGGUGAUGAUAAACACGCGGAUUCUCUCAUGGAACCACCCCCUAAAGAUCAAUCUCAUGGUUCCUGCCAACUAGAGGACACGCCUCUACAUCAGCCACGUCAUAUUCAGGAGCUCCAGGAGGAAGCGUUAAAUGCGGAAGAACUGGCGGAGCUGCUACAGAUGCGCGCCAAUGGGAGCUUGCCUGAGUCCGCGAAGGUGGCGGCGGCGCUUGAGCGCGAGGUGGGGAGGCUUCGCGGAGGCAGCGAAGGCGGAAACGACGCGGGGGCGCUUGGAGCGGCUCGGGAUGAGUCUGCGGCGAGUGGCGCUUCGGAGAAGCAGAAUUCGAUUCAGUACGCGCGGCAUGAGCUGGAAGCACGGCUGCUUGAAGGGAAGCCGAUCCGCAGCUGGAUCAGGGAGAUUCAGCUGAUGUGGCGCGACGCCACAGGCGCGCAGCAUUCUGCAUUUCUCAAGGCGCGGGACGGCAAGGAGCAGGGCCGAGGCGCCACCGGCUUCAUCCAACGGAUGGUGAUCGACGGUCGGGAUGUGAUCCCUCCUUUCCACCCUGGAAGCUCCAUCUCCGCGGAUGGAGGCUUUAAGCUGCUGCUCGCGGAAACAAAGAGCCAGCCCGGGAGGGUAGAAGACGAGUUCCACCUGAAAAUAGAGGGCGUGGUGGAUCUGAGUGUGACGGCGCGGGUGGCCCAUCCGCUCAUGCAGACUGCGACUGAGGCUCAGGCGCAUUUCAACGUGCAUAUCGAGCAGCUCAAUCACACGGAGGGCAUUCACGGUGUGUUGGGGCAGACCUUUCGCGGUGAGGCAUCUCGCGCCGUGCGAUCCCUGCGUCACCGGCUGCUCACUCGCCUGCUGCGCGAACCAGUGGAUGUGGAGAGCAGUGAGGGGGGCGAUGGGCUGUUGGAUGGGCGCGUGCAGGACUAUCUCACCUCGGGGAUUGCCGCGCCUGACUGUGCUUUUGCUGCCGCGUGGAGGAGGGGAGAGCAGGAGAGUGAGAUGGGCGAGGAUGGGCCUGAUUCCAUGCGAUAA